UUUCAACCCAAACAUACUAUUAGAUUUGGUCAUUUGCUAAUAUGGUUAAUAAUGUCAGAUUUUUGUAGGAACUCCAUUCUGGAUGGCACCAGAAGUGACUCAGAAUUCAGAAGGAUACAAUGAGAAGGCAGAUAUCUGGUCGUUGGGCAUAACUGUGAUUGAAAUGGCCAAGGUGAACCUCCGCUUGCAGACCUUCAUCCUAUGCGAGUUCUUUUUAUCAUUCCUUGAGAAAAUCCACCACAGAAUUCUCUGUUUGCAGUUGGAUGAGCAUUUUUCAUGUCCUAUGAAAGAGUUUGUUUCUCUGUGUUUAAAGAAAUUACCAGCUGAGAAGCCAAGUGCGAAGGAACUUCUCAAGCACCAUUUUAUCAGGAAUUCUAGAAAGAGUCCAAGGCUUCUGGAGAGAAUCAGAGAGUGCCCAAAGUUUGAAAUAAAGGAGGAUGCAGAAAACCUACGAAAUGGUCCCAAGGCUAUAGAGCAAGGAUUUGACACUGUAAAGGCACAAAGAGACAUAAGAGGCGAAGAAACUAUUCGAGUAGUCAGGCAAAAACAUUUAAAAAUGCUGGAUGGGACUUCAGCAUUGGUGGACUUCAGAGUACAGGAACUGUUCGAAAUUCUGUAAAACCUCCUCAGGUCAAAGAAAGAAGACCAGAUGUUCCACCUAAUUGGGCUAGAGCUACUCCAGCAACUUCAGAGAGUGGUGGUGCAGUCAAAGAAUCCCAAGAAGUUUCCUCCAGGAAUGAUAUUAGAGAUUUGUAUUAUGAUGCAGAUGAGGACAACCAUUAUGAAGAUGUAAGAUUUUGAUUUACUCUCAACAAUAGCUGACAUACUAUGUGUGUUAUGGUUGUUAGAAUCAUAGUUCUUUUAGCCACAUACAAAAAUUGAAAAUGGUUUAGGUUGUUGCAUAGGAAGCUUUUGUGUUUUUUCUGAAUACAUUAAGGAGUUGAUAUGUGUGAUUAACUUGAUGAAAAAUGCAAAAAUCUGAUGGGCAAGAAAUUAAGUUCACCAAACUGGAUAUACUACUGGUGACAAUUCCAGUUAACCCAAUGCCAGUUUCAGUUAAGUUC